AUGGGAUCGCAGGUUUGUUCCAGUGGAAAAAUUUCGUGUUUCAAUGCAUCGCCGACGAAUCUGUUCUGGAUAUUUUCUUUAUCACUUCUGCGUGUAUUAUUUGUAAACAUGAAAGUUUGGGUCAGUCUCUUCGUGUUUACGUUCGUCUGGCUCGCAGCGUGCGCACAGAAACAAGACGUACCGGUGAUAGACGUGUUGAGUUUGGAGGAUGUGAAGCAGACCGUGGCUGCGGUGGAGAAGAUCUCAUUAGCUCUGAAGACUCUCAGUGAUGUGUAUGUGAUGUCUUCCUUCCGUCUGCCUCCUAAACUGGGUGGAGUCCUGCUGGGUCUCUACAACAAGCAGGAUAACAAGAAAUACCUGGAGGUUGCCAUCAUGAGCAAGAUUAACAAAAUUCUGGUCCGGUAUGUUCGUGAAGAUGGGAAGCUGCACACAGUCAAUCUGCAGAGCCCAAAUCUAGCAGACGGACAGUCUCAGUCUGUUAUACUCCGUGUCGGUGGCUUGCGCAGAGAGUACCUGAGCCUCGAACUCUAUGUGAACUGUCGUCUGGCUGACUCUGCCCAGCGGCUGCCCCUAUUAGUCUCUCUGCCCAGAGAUGCAGAGCUGGUGGAGAUUCGUAAUGGCCACAAGGCAUACACUCGGAUGCAGAUCUUGGGAGAGCUGAGAGAGGACAUCAGAGAACAGGUGAAAGAAAUGUCUCUCAUCAGGAAUGCUAUUCUGGAGUGCCAGAUGUGUGGAUUUCAUGAGCCGCAUUCACUCUGUCAGCCCAACCCCUGCUUUAAGGGCGUGGCCUGCAUGGAGACGUUUGAUUUCCCAGGGUACCGCUGUGGCCCCUGUCCAGAGGGCAUGACAGGGAACGGCACACACUGUCAGGAUAUAGAUGAGUGUGCAGAGGCUCAGCCGUGUUACACACCAGGCGCAUGUGUCAACACAGCAAAAGGGUUUACCUGUGAGCCCUGCCCACCUGGACUGUGGGGUCCUCCUCUCUCUGGAUUCGGUGUGGAAUAUGCUAAGAGUCAACGUCAGGAAUGCUCUGAUAUUGAUGAAUGUCUUGAUUUGGCCAGUGCCUGCACACCCAACUCCAUCUGCAUCAACACCAUUGGAUCAUAUCAAUGCGGUCAGUGCAAGUUUGGAUAUGUUGGGAAUCAGACAACUGGAUGUUUCCCUCGGAAAUCGUGCGCUAUGCUCAGUUUCAACCCCUGUGACACUAACGCUUACUGCGUCAUUCAGCGGAACGGCGACGUCACCUGCGCUUGUAAUGUCGGAUGGGCCGGUAAUGGUCACACAUGUGGGAAGGACACGGAUAUUGAUGGUUAUCCGGAUCGCUCCUUGCCAUGCAUGGACAAUGACAAGCACUGCAAACAGGACAACUGCAUCUUCACGCCCAACUCCGGUCAGGAAGAUGCAGAUAAUGAUGGGAUUGGAGACCAGUGUGAUGAGGAUGCAGAUGGAGACGGAAUAAAAAAUGUAGAGGAUAACUGUCGGUUGGUUUCCAAUAAAGAUCAGCAGAACUCUGACACUGAUUCAUUUGGUGACGCAUGUGAUAACUGUCCCACCGUUCCCAACAUUGACCAGAAAGACACUGACAAUAACGGAGAGGGAGAUGCAUGCGAUGAUGACAUCGAUGGAGAUGGAAUCCAGAACGUGCUGGAUAACUGUCCCAAAGUGCCAAACCCAAUGCAGACAGACCGAGACAGAGACGGAGUGGGUGAUGCAUGUGACAGCUGUCCUGAGAUCAGCAACCCCAUGCAGACAGAUGUAGACAAUGACUUAGUCGGGGAUGUUUGCGACACCAAUCAAGACACGGAUGGAGACGGACACCAGGACACUCGAGAUAACUGUCCCGACAUUCCAAACAGCUCUCAGCUCGACUCGGACAAUGACGGCAUCGGAGAUGACUGUGAUGAUGACGACGAUAAUGAUGGGGUCCCAGACAAUCACGCCAUCAACGGCAUCGGACCCGAUAACUGCAGACUCAUUUCCAACCCCAACCAGAAAGACUCAGACAGUAACGGAGUCGGUGACGUAUGUGAGAAUGACUUUGACAAUGAUGCGGUGAUGGAUUCGAUUGACGUGUGUCCAGAAAGUGCUGAAGUCACACUUACAGAUUUCAGAGCCUAUCAGACAGUCAUUCUGGACCCAGAGGGUGACGCUCAGAUCGACCCGAACUGGGUGGUGCUCAAUCAGGGUAUGGAGAUUGUUCAAACCAUGAACAGUGACCCGGGCUUGGCAGUGGGUUACACAGCGUUUAACGGUGUGGACUUCGAGGGAACAUUUCACGUUAACACCGUGACUGACGACGACUACGCCGGCUUCAUCUUUGGCUAUCAGGAUUCAUCUAGUUUCUAUGUGGUGAUGUGGAAGCAGACCGAACAGACAUACUGGCAGUCGAUACCCUUCAGGGCCAUGGCUGAACCAGGCCUGCAGCUCAAGGCGGUGAAGUCUCGUACUGGCCCCAGUGAGUUUCUUCGUAAUGCUCUGUGGCACACGGGGGAUACGGAUGGAGAGGUGAAACUGCUCUGGAAAGACCCACGAAAUGUCGGCUGGCAAGAUAAAACCUCGUACCGGUGGCAGCUCAGCCAUCGGCCACAGGUCGGCUACAUCAGGGUGAAGCUGUAUGAAGGCACAGAGAUGGUGGCUGACUCCAAUGUUGUGAUUGACACCACUAUGAGAGGGGGACGCCUGGGCGUGUUCUGCUUCUCUCAAGAGAACAUCAUUUGGUCCAAUCUGCGCUACCGCUGUAACGAUACUGUUCCACAGGACUUCAGUACACACCGUAAACAGGUUCUAAUGCACAUAAAGGUGUGAGGGGAGUGAGACGCCCUCUGUCUCGCUCUAGACCCUCUGAAACCCAGUGUGGCGCCACUGAACUCCUGUGUCGAGGGGCCAAACAACCAGGACAGAUGUGAGAUUUAUCCAGCGUCUGUGUCACUCCGGAUGAGGAGACUGAAUGAAAGGAGAAAGACUUUUAUUUGACGUUUUGUGUGUUUAUGUGUCAUCGCGGGGCCGUAUAAUGUGUGAGUAUGAGUGUAUUUUUGCGAGAGUCCUGUAGCGUGUGUUUACAUUAACAAAUGUCUUGAAAUAAAGGGAUUUGAUGUAUUUUCUAGAACACAACAAAUACCCAACAGUACCAUGGUUCUAUAAUCAUUAUUAAUACAUUACAAAAACAGAAAUCAAUUCUAAAAAUACCCAAAUUGACAGUUUAAUAUGUCAACCCCAGAAUUCUCCUGUUCUGUAUGCCGUUAAUGAUG